UGACUGCUGUUGGGUGACUGACCACCUCCUUCUCCCUCAUACCAGAAUCAAUUGCUUUUCAUUAUGUAGCAAAGCAUGUUUAUCCAUAAUCAAUCAAUCGCAUUUAUUUUGUAGAGCUCUUUUUACAUCAGCAGUUGUCACAAAGUGCUUUACAGACACCCAGCCUAAAACUCAGAGCAAUCAACCAAAUGCACAGCAUUCAGAGUUGAGGUCAACUCCAUUUCCAUUGAGUCAAUUCCGGAAGGAUGCUGAAAAUCGGAUUCCAACUCUGACAGUGUUGUUGCAUUGUACUGGAUGAAUACAAAAGGGUCUGGAAGGUUGCGACAGGAUAUCCUGUCUUCAGACACUACACCAUCUGCUCUCCAUAGACUUCCAUAUUAGCUUUCAUGCUAAAUGUGUUUUCUCUUGUUUUUACAAGCCAAACAGAAGCAAAAGCAGGUAUGUUUGUAAUGCAGAUUAUUCUACUAUGUAUCAGAGCUAGAAUUAAGAAUAGCUGUGUCAUAAAAUACUCUCUACUUCGAACUGUUUUGCUCUUAUUUGAUGACACUGGUAGAUUCUAAUCUCAAUGACUGGAGGGUUACGUUUAGGGCCCAGAGUUACCCCUAACUACAUGAUCUGACCAGGGCCUUACUAAAAACCUAGUAAAACUCAGGGUUCUAGUUAUGCUCCAAAGUGUGUGUUGGCCCGUUCCAAGCCCAGUGUGUGUUGGCCCGUUCCAAGUCCAGUGUAUGUUGGCCCAUUCCAAGUCCAGUGUGUGUUGGCCCGUUCCAAGUCCAGUGUGUGUUGGCCCGUUCCAAGUCCAGUGUGUGUUGGCCCGUUCCAAGCCCAGUGUGUGUUGGCCCGUUCCAAGCCCAGUGUGUGUUGGCCCGUUCCAAGUCCAGUGUGUGUUGGCCCGUUCCAAGUCCAGUGUGUGUUGGCCCAUUCCAAGCCCAGUGUGUGUUGGCCCGUUCCAAGUCCAGUGUGUGUUGGCCCGUUUCAAGUCCAGUGUGUGUUGGCCCAUUCCAAGUCCAGUGUGUGUUGGCCCAUUCCAAGUCCAGUGUUUGUUGGCCCGUUUCAAGCCCAGUGUGUGUUGGCCCGUUCCAAGUCCAGUGUAUGUUGGCCCAUUCCAAGUCCAGUGUGUGUUGGCCCAUUCCAAGUCCAGUGUGUGUUGGCCCAUUCCAAGUCCAGUGUGUGUUGGCCCGUUCCAAGCCCAGUGUGUGUUGGCCCGUUCCAAGCCCAGUGUGUGUUGGCCCGUUCCAAGUCCAGUGUGUGUUGGCCCGUUCCAAGUCCAGUGUGUGUUGGCCCAUUCCAAGCCCAGUGUGUGUUGGCCCGUUCCAAGUCCAGUGUGUGUUGGCCCGUUUCAAGUCCAGUGUGUGUUGGCCCAUUCCAAGUCCAGUGUGUGUUGGCCCAUUCCAAGUCCAGUGUUUGUUGGCCCGUUUCAAGUCCAGUGUGUGUUGGCCCAUUCCAAGUCCAGUGUGUGUUGGCCCAUUCCAAGUCCAGUGUGUGUUGGCCCAUUCCAAGCCCAGUGUGUGUUGGCCCGUUCCAAGUCCAGUGUGUGUUGGCCCGUUCCAAGUCCAGUGUGUGUUGGCCCGUUUCAAGCCCAGUGUGUGUUGGCCCAUUUCAAGCCCAGUGUGUGUUGGCCCGUUCCAAGUCCAGUGUGUGUUGGCCCGUUCCAAGUCCAGUGUGUGUUGGCCCGUUUCAAGUCCAGUGUGUGUUGGCCCGUUUCAAGCCCAGUGUGUGUUGGCCCAUUUCAAGCCCAGUGUGUGUCUCCCCUGCAGACAGAGCAUCUCCCGCCAUAUGAUGUUGUUCCUUCCAUGAGGCCGGUGGUGUUGGUGGGGCCCUCUCUGAAAGGCUAUGAGGUAACAGACAUGAUGCAGAAGGCCCUGUUUGACUUCCUGAAACACAGGUUUGAUGGAAGAAUCUCUAUCACGCGGGUGACUGCUGAUCUGUCAUUGGCCAAAAGGUCUGUAUUGAACAAGAAGGCUAUCAUGGAGAGGUCCAACACACGCUCCAGUCUUGCUGAGGUCCAGAGUGAGAUUGAGAGGAUUUUUGAGCUGGCUAAGACUCUACAGCUCGUAGUUCUGGACGCAGACACUAUCAACCACCCAGCACAGCUCCUCAAAACAUCCCUGGCUCCUAUCAUCAUUUACGUUAAGGUGUCCUCUCCAAAGGUUCUUCAGAGACUCAUUAAAUCUCGGGGGAAAUCUCAAAGUAAACACCUCAAUGUACAGAUGAUGGCAGGGGACAAACUAGCACAGUGUCCACCCAUGUUUGAUGUGAUCCUGGAUGAGAACCAGCUGGAGGAUGCAUGUGAACACCUGGCAGAGUACCUGGACAUCUACUGGCGCGCCACUCACCUGCCCUGCUCCGCCCCCCUCAACCCCCUAUUGGACCAGAGCGUGGUCACCCCGCCCUCCGCUAACUCCAGCCAACAGUUCUCCGAGACUCAAGAGUUAAUAGAAUGAUCACUCCCUAGCUACCACAGGUCUGGAUGUGGCAAAGAGAUCAAUCCAACUCGACCAAAAUUCCAUGUCAACGCCAUUCAGAAUCUCCUCAUUGCCCCUCCAUAAAAAUUAGCCUACAUUUAGGCUAUUGUUUAUAUGUGUAUUUGACAAUAUUUUGGAGUGAAAAUCGGAUUAAAAUGCUUGUAUGGAUGUCAACCCCAAUACAGGUUCAUGUCAUCAUCACCAAUCAACUGAUUUACACUUAAAAACAGCUUCAAGUACCACCACCGAUUUCUAUAUGCUAGCUACGCUACCGGCUUAUACGAACAGAAGUUAGCAAUUAACAGACUUUUAUAUAAUCACGAAAAGGACUAUUUCUAAAUAUUAUGCAGCGAAAACCGUAGCGACCACGUUGUGGGCCUGUUAGAACACAAAGAUCUUGACAGAUUUGAAGAAUAUCCACUUUGUAUAAUCAGAUUUUUGGAAUGUGUGCCAAGGAUGGCAUUCUCGUUGUUUUCCCCACGGUCUGCGUUCCAUUGAUCUCUUAACAGCAUAUAUUGCUCGCUUUCUCUCGCUUGAUAGCUUGUUUUUUUCCCUGGUCUGUUUUGUAUUGUGUUUCCGUAGCUAACUGUUUUUUGUAGACGUUAUAUAGUGACACAGAGGAAUCAAACAUGUAUGAAUCAGAGCACGUCAAAGCACAUUAUCAAAGCACAAACUUGCACAUUGUCAUCUACAACUCUUAUGUAUAUUUAUCACGUAUCAACAGAAUGGAUCUACAGAAGAUCAGAGUAGUUUUGCCAUUGAAUCCACCAAACAGAUCGCAGACAGGGGCCGAGAAAGGAGGAGUCAGACCAGACACUUUUGCUUGUCUGCCUGAAAUGUAUAUAUACAUUUUUUUUAUGACCAAAAAGAUUAUCAGUACUUGAGGAGAUACGUUAACCAUUUGUAGGGAAGUUCUAAAUGUUAAGGCAACACACGAACACUCUCCCUAAAACCAAUUCCAGACUGUCCAGAAUGUAUCACUGUACAGCCUACAGUACAGGACUUUACUGUAGCUCUCUCCUACUGGCAGGAUCCAGUCUGAUCUGUUUCCUCAGACACUACAUCACACUCAAUGUAGCCUAUUUGAGCAGUUGAUUAGCACUUCUUAUAACAGGUUCAGUUAAAGUUCUGAUAAUAAGUUCAGUUAAAGUUCUGAUAAUUAACUGUGGUUAAAGUUCCAGUGCUCCAAUGAUGAGUAGCCUAUAAAUUAUGCUUCCACAAUAAUUCAGUUCUUACGAAUUAUGAUGUAAAUCUAGCCAUUCCACUGUAAUCACAAGGACUGUGACAAAGCAGAGACGAAGAGGAAGAGAGAGGCCCAACUCGGCAGCAAAUCAAUCUCCCUCCAGCAGGUGGCGUUUUGGAUGGAGGUCAAUGAGUGUUGCAUUUGGUCAACAAAAUCAUUUAUGGGUUAUUUGCUACGUGAGGUUUAUUUGAUCAAAUAGAAGUUUCGUAAUGCUUAAAUUGUUACUAGUGUACUGAUAUAAGUAGGAAAAAACACUUUAUAUCGGAGUUGUCUCGAAAUGGCUAUGCAUAUUCAUGGCAUGAGGCUAGUAGCAUAGCGUCUCUCUACAUUGAAUACAGGUGGUUGCUGUCAACAACCCUCAUUGAAUAUUCAAAUAAGGAUUGCAAUAAGGAGAUGUAUCAACCAAUCCAAAGAAAGGAUAGGCGGGAGCUAGACAGUCCGCAGUACCGCUUUGUGGACAACGACUUCCAUUGUUAGGGAGGAGAGACGUAUAUAUUGUCAGUAUAUCCAUAAUCCUUGGCCAAAGUGUGUCCAUAGCACUUCCUGUCAUUCAUGUGUGUGGAGUGAGGGACCUCUAGUGGUGGACUUGUGUCACGACACCUGAAGUGACAUAGUAUUCAAUGUUACCCAAUGUUAUACCAUAAUAGAAUGUCAACUCAUAAUGAAUCUGAAUAUAAUAGGUAAUCUAUUCACUAUGGAUAGCUCUCUGCUUGAGGAAAAAGGAGAAUGAUGAUGUGUUGACCAUAUGUAGACCAAACACCAUUUUUAUGAGCUUCCAACCUUGUUAACGAGAUUGAACGGGAUCUUUACCAAUUCGUAACAUAUUGUACGAAUUGGAAUUCGCAACAUAUCAUACGAAUUUCAGGAUUAUAAUUUCAAUCAAUCAAGCAAAUGUAUUUAUAAAUCCCUUCUUAGAUCAGCUGAUGUCUCAAAGUGCUGUACAGAAACCCAGUCUAAAACCCCAAACAGCAAGCAAUGCAGGUGUAGAAGCACGGUGGCUAGGAAAACCCCCCUAGAAAGGCAGGAACCUAGGACGAAACCUAGAGAGGAACCAGGCUCUGAGGGGUGGCCAGUCCUCUUCUGGCUGUGCCGCGUGGAGAUUAUAACAGAACAUGGCCAAGAUGUUCAAAUGUUCAUAAAUGACCAGCAGGGUCAGAUAAUAAUAAUCACAGUGGAUGAAGAGGGUGCAACAGGUCAGUACCUCAGGAGUAAAUGUCAGUUGGCUUUUCAUAGCCGAUCAUUCAGUGUAUCUCUACCGCACCUGCUGUCUCUAGAGAGUUGAAACAGCAGGUCUGGGACAAGGUAGCACGUCCAGUGAACGGGUCAGGGUUCCAAAGCCACAGGCAGAACAGUUGAAACUGGAACAGCAGCACAGCCAGGUGGACUGGGGACAGCAAGGAGUCAUCAUGCCAGGUAGUCCUGAGGCAUGGUCCUAGGGCUCAGGUCCUCUGAGAGAAAGAGAGAGAAAGGGAUAGUAAAAGAGAGAGAGAAAAUUAGAGAGAGCAUACUUUAAUUUACUCAGGACACCGGAUAAGACAGGAGAAGUACUCCAGAUAUAACAGACUGACCCUAGAAUAGACUGACCCUACAAUAUAAUAACUACACAACACACACACACACACACACACACACACACACACACACACACACACACACACACACACACACACACACACACACACACACACACACACACACACACACACACACACACACACACACACACACACACACACACACACACACACACACACACACACACCAACAAAGCACAGUUUCACUGCUGAAACACAACAAUCUGAAUCAAUCUCACUUGCAUUCCAUUUUUAUUGCAGGUAAUUUAUAUAUAUUUUUUAAACAAGUAAAAUCUUUGGAUAUCCAAAGCACAAUUUUUUACUAUUAUAAUUUUCAAUAGUUUUUCCCCCCGACAUACCUAAAUUCUGUAUGCAAUACAAAGUCUUCUAGCUUCGACAAGACAGUAGCGGAACCUAUCAAGACUCCUCUUCUGUUUAAGACGGGGUAAAAAUUGCACUAUUUUUAUUUUUAUGUCUGAUUUAUAUUUAUACUGCAAUACAUGCACUAAAUGUAACUCUACUGUACCCACCACCACCUCCAAUACUGAAUAUGAAGUCUGGUGUAAUAACAACAAUGUUCAGAAAAGUCAACAUAUGAAAUGUCCUACUAACCUGCUGUACCCGAUAAUGUACAGAAUGCAUCUGUUUUCAAUAGCACAUUAUGAAAAAUAAGAACAUAAAUGAAUAAACAGAACACAUAAACUAUAGCAGCAUAAUUACUGGAGGCUGAGACAGGAGGGGCCGGGAGACACUGCAGCCCUGUCCGACGACACCCCCGGAUAGGGCCAACCAGGCAGGAUAUAACCCCACCCACUUUGCCAAAGCACAGCCCCCACACCACUAGAGGGAUAUCUUCAAAGGCUUAGUAUUGCGUAUGGUGCACAGCAUCAUACGAAAUGGAUGACGUUGUGCACCAUUUUCACCAACCCGUUUUGGCUCAUGAGCGCUACUUUCAAAACUACUGGAUAAAUUAUACAACACCUUUAUAAGGUUUCUUUAAAGGAGCUACAUGUAUGUUUUUUUGCAUAGUAGUACAGACCUGAAGCUUUCCCAAGAAAACAAGAGCUUAAAGCACAGAGCAGCACGCAUCUCAGUACAGAAAAACACUCACAUCAGUAUUGCUUUAUCAUUACAUAAAACUAUACAUUAAUAAAAUGAAUUACUACCACAAUUAGUUAAUUAAAUGUAUGUGCAUGACAACAUAUUUAUUUUUUACAAGUAGAAGGACAUAUCAUAUUUAUUCUACAAGUAAAAGGAAUGUCAUAUUUAUUUUACAAGAACAAGGACAUAUCAUAUUUAUUUUACAAGUAGAAGGACAUAUCAUAUUUAUUUUACAAGUAAAAGGAAUGUCAUAUUUAUUUUACAAGAACAAGGACAUCAUAUUUCUUUCCAAGUUGAAGGGAUUUCCUGGACCAUAGUAAGUCAUUAUAGCUUUUCACUUGUCAUUCUGAAGAGAAAAUGAAUGGAUGACAAUCACAUUAUUUAUUCAGUAUUUAUGUAUCAUUACAUAUUUGUAUAUAUUGUAUAUUUAAGCAAUAAGGCCCAGGGGGUUGUGGUAUAUGGCCAAUAUACCACGGCUAAGUGCUGUUCUUACACACAACGCAACGCGGAGUUCCUGGACACAGCCAUUAGCUGUGGUAUAUUGGCCAUGUACCACAAACCCCCGAGGUGCCUUAUUGCUAUUAUAAACUGGUUACCAACUUAAAAAAUAUAUAUGUUUUGUCAUACCCGUGGUAUAUGGUCUGAUAUACCACGUCUGUCAGACAAUCAGCAUUCAGGGCUCGAACCACCCAGUUUAUAAUUAAUUCUCAGUUCUUCCUCAGUAAUAUCAAGGUGCACAAAAUCUACAAAUGUUGACGGACAACAUCUAGGAAAUGUACUGUAGACCUAAUUAUAUGAUCAUGUCUUCAAAGCCUCAUAAGCAUGUAUUUAUAUAUAAAUAGUGUAUUUUCUUUCUUUUUAGUAUGAAACCCUGAAUGUGUCCACUACUUUUGAGCAGAGCCCCAUGUGCCCUGGUCAAACGAUGUGCUACAGGGGACAGGAGGCCGUUUCAGAUGCAACCACUGUCAUUAUUUACAUUGAUUGACCUCUAACCUAACACUUUUGCAGUUUUGAGAGACAAUAUAAUAACUACACAACACACACACACACACACACACACACACACACACACACACACACACACACACACACACACACACACACACACACACACACACACACACACACACACACACACACACACACACACACACACACACACACACACACCAACCAAGCACAGUUUCACUGCUGAAACACAACAAUCUGAAUCAAUCUCACUUGCAUUCCAUUUUUAUUGCAGGUAAUUUAUAUAUAUUUUUUAAACAAGUAAAAUCUUUGGAUAUCCAAAGCACAAUUUUUUACUAUUAUAAUUUUCAAUCGUUUUUCCCCCCGACAUACCUAAAUUCUGUAUGCAAUACAAAGUCUUCUAGCUUCGACAAGACAGUAGCGGAACCUAUCAAGACUCCUCUUCUGUUUAAGACGGGGUAAAAAUUGCACUAUUUUUAUUUUUAUGUCUGAUUCAUAUUUAUACUGCAAUACAUGCACUAAAUGUAACUCUACUGUACCCACCACCACCUCCAAUACUGAAUAUGAAGUCUGGUGUAAUAACAACAAUGUUCAGAAAAGUCAACAUAUGAAAUGUCCUACUAACCUGCUGUACCUGAUAAUGUACAGAAUGCAUCUGUUUUCAAUAGCACAUUAUGAAAAAUAAGAACAUAAAUGAAUAAACAGAACAUUUUACUGAUGUUUACAAAUGCUCUGGCUUUGUUCUUUCAAAAAGUUCCCCACCACAUAAUUUGUCCAGUAUUCAACAGUAGUUGCGUGAUUGGACAGAAACAACCACUGUGUCACCAGCAGAUGGAAGUGUUUACCUUGUUAGACUGUAUCAUGUCUGUUACCUGGGAGACUGGGGGGGAUGAUGAUGAUUGGUUAGGAACAGAACUUUCUCUCUCUCUCUCAUCCUGUUGUAUCUCUGAUGCUGUGGUCCCUGUCUAUCCGCCCAUGUCCAGUGUGCCAGCCAGCAGGCUAAACAAGGCUAUGUGACAUCAGAGAGGUUUUAAAUGUGGUAUCUUUGGCUUCGUUACAAGAGGUGUCAGUGCCAGUGGUGACGUGGCGUCCUGGCAGUGGGACUGGGGACACACUCUCUGAGUCCCAAAUGGCACCCUAUUCCCUACAUCAGGGUUUACAACCCUAUUCUCUACAUCAUGGUUUACAACCCUAUUCUCUACAUCAGGGUUUCCAACCCUAUUCUCUACAUCAGGGUUUACAACCCUAUUCUCUACAUCAGGGUUUACAACGAUAUUCUCUACAUCAGGGUUUACAACCCUAUUCUCUACAUCAGGGUUUACAAUCCUAUUCUCUACAUCAGGGUUUACAACCCUAUUCUCUACAUCAGGGUUUCCAACCCUAUUCUCUACAUCAGGGUUUCCAACCCUAUUCUCGACAUCAGGGUUUCCAACCCAAUUCUCUACAUCAAGGUUCACAACCCUAUUCUCUACAUCAGGGUUUACAACCCUAUGCUCUACAUCAGGGUUUACAACCCUAUUCUCUACAUCAUGGUUUACAAUCAUAUUCUCUCCAUCAGGGUUUACAACCCUAUUCUCUACAUCAGGGUUUACAAUCCUAUUCUCUACAUCAGGGUUUACAACCCUAUUCUCUACAUCAGGGUUUACAAUCCUAUUCUCUACAUCAGGGUUUACAAUCCUAUUCUCUACAUCAGAGUUUACAAUCCUAUUCUCUACAUCAGGGUUUACAAUCCUAUUCUCUACAUCAGGGUUUACAAUCCUAUUCUCUACAUCAGGAUUUACAAUCCUAUUCUCUACAUCAGGGUUUACAACCCUAUUCUCUACAUCAGGGUUUACAGCCCUAUUCUCUACAUCAGGGUUUACAACCCUAUUCUCUACAUCAGGGUGUCCAAUCCUAUUCUCUACAUCAGGGUUUACAACCCUAUUCUCUACAUCAGGGUUUCUAGACUUGGUCCUUGGGACCCCAAGCGGUGCACAUCCUGGUUUUUGCCCUAACACUAGACAGCUGAUUCAAACGAUCAACUAAUCAUCAAGCUUUGAUCAUUUGAAUUAUUUGUGUAGUGGUAGGGCAAACACAAGACGUUACAUGGUGCACUACUUCUGACCAGGGCCCAUACGGAUCAUACUCACUAACAGAGAGGCCUGGGCUUCUGACCAGGGCCCAUAGAGAACACACUUACUAACAGAGAGGCUUGGGCUUCUGACCAGGGCCCAUAGAGAACACACUAACAUAGAGUUCUGGGCUUCUGACCAGGGCCCAUAGUGAACACACUUACUAACAGAGAGGCUUGGGUUUCUGACCAGGGCCCAUAGAGAACACACUAACAGAGAGACCUGGACUUUGACCAGGGCCCAUAGAGAACACACUUACUAACAGAGAUACCUGGGCUUCUGACCAGGGCCCAUAGAGAACACACUUACUAACAGAGAGGCUUGGGCUUCUGACCAGGGCCCAUACGGAUCACACUCACUAACAGAGAGGCCUGGGCUUCUGACCAGGGCCCAUAGAGAACACACUAACAGAGAGACCUGGACUUUUGACCAGGGCCCAUAGAGAACAUACUUACUAACAGAGAGACCUGGGCUUCUGACCAGGGCCCAUAGAGAACACACUAACUAACAGAGAGACCUGGACUUUUGACCAGGGCCCAUAGAGAACACACUAACUAACAGAGAGACCUGGGCUUCUGACCAGGGCCCAUAGAGAACACACUUACUAACAGAGAGACCUGGGCUUCUGACCAGGGCCCAUAGAGAACACACUUACUAACAGAGAGACCUGGACUUUUGACCAGGGCCCAUAGAGAACACACUAACAGAGAGACCUGGGCUUCUGACCAGGGCCCAUAGAGAACACACUAACAGAGAGACCUGGGCUUCUGACCAGGGCCCAUAGAGAACACACUAACAGAGAGACCUGGACUUUUGACCAGGGCCCAUAGAGAACACACUAACAGAGAGACCUGGACUUUUGACCAGGGCCCAUAGAGAACACACUAACAGAGAGACCUGGGCUUCUGACCAGGCCCCAUAGAGAACACACUAACAGAGAGACCUGGACUUUUGACCAGGGCCCAUAGAGAACACACUAACAGAGAGACCUGGGCUUCUGACCAGGGCCCAUAGAGAACACACGAACAGAGAGACCUGGGCUUCUGACCAGGGCCCAUAGAGAACACACUAACAGAGGGACCUGGGCUCCUGACCAGGGCCCAUAGAGAACACACUAACAGAGAGACCUGGGCUUUUGACCAGGGCCCAUAGAGAACACACUAACAGAGAGACCUGGGCUUCUGACCAGGGCCCAUAGAGAACACACUAACAGAGAGACCUGGGCUAGCUGCUCCUGUAGACUUCCAGUCAUUGCGCAACCGCUACCUAGCAAUGUCUCCAGAAACUACCUUCAAACUGCACGAAGAGACAUUAUAACACUAUUCAUGAGUUCAUCUGACUCUGGGUAAAGUGCUGAACUAUCUCUUUAAAAUAUGAAGAGCUUACUGUACCUAUGCUGCUGAUUUAAUGCUGCAUUCAUAACAUCUCAUAAAUUCGUAAGUAGCAGCAUAGGACUGGGAAGAAUCCACUUGAACGCCCCUCAAAAUGGUAAUUACUAGUGAGAAACUCGCCAAUCAUCCCUGAGCUCUGACUUCUCCCACAUGCUGAACUCUGAUGUCACAUACUAAGGAAAUUACCUCGAAAACAGCUUUUUCCAACAUUUAUGUAACAAAACAUUAUUUAUGAAAAUAAAUCUCUUAAUGUGGUUUUUCAACACUAUAAUUUGUUUGCGAGCAUGACAGCUGUACUUUCAGUUUAUGGUUGAUGCAGCUUGUUGGCCGUUUAGCUAAUCAGCGUUCUCAACGAGGUCAAAGCCCCAACACCCACACAACUCUUUACUCCCAGUUUACAAGAAGCUUUUAGUUUCCCACUUGUAUCAACACAGCAUUAGGUCUCCGGGGUUACAACGGGUCAUCUUGAAUAAACAGCAGUCACAGUUCAUCAGAGAGAGAGAGAGAGAGAGAGAGUCUUUAUUGUUUUGAAACUUCUGUUUGUGUAAUGUCUACUGUUCAUUUUUAUUGUUUAUUUCACUUUUGUAUGUUAUCUACCUCACUUGCUUUGGCAAUGUUAACACAUGUUUCCCAUGCCAAUAAAGCCCCUUGAAUUGAA